AUGUCAUCCUCACACGUAACCCUGGCCGCCGCCUCGGACGAGCGCAAGGCGCGCCUCGCCAAGCUCAAAAACCUCAAGCGCAAACAGCCCGAAGGCGAGAUCGCGCCGCCCGAGUCGGACCGCGACUCGCCCGCCCUGCCACACCCGCCGGCAGGAGAAAAAGCAGAGGAGGCCGCCGACGUGUCGCGCCUGCACCUGUCGGGACGCAACUACGACCCGGAGACGCGCGGCGCCAAGCUCGGCUUCGAGGCGCCGCCGACGCUGGGCAUAGAGGACAAGACGCUCGAGGUGCAGGCGGCCGAGAUCGAGGACCAGAUCCGGCAAAAGGCCGCGGAGGAGGCGGCGCAGGCGGAUAAAGGGAUCGACCUGUUUAAGCUACAGCCCAAGAAGCCGAAUUGGGACCUCAAAAGGGAGCUGAACAAGAAGCUGGAGGUGCUCAAUGUUCGGACGGACAACGCCAUCGCCAAGCUCGUGAGGGAGAGGCUGGCUGCGAAGAAGGCGGCGGCGCAAGGGGCUGGCGGCGCAAAGGGCGUAGCAGAGGAUGGGAAGACGGAGACGGGAAUGGAGGGCGCCGCGUUGGUAGAGGGACUGCGGCUCAAGGAGCAGGAAGAGGCAGAGGAGGAGCGCAGAGAACGGGAAGCGGCCGAAGUUGACGUGGAGUGA